AUGCGUGACUGGUCUGGCGGCCUUAUUGUGGGCCAGCAGAAGGACACUGACUUUGGUGCGUCAGCCAUGGCUGGCGUCGUGGAGGAUCUUUCAAUUGCCCAGCCGCCGACGACUUUACUGGAUGCCUGGGAGGAUUCGCCCACAGGCACGCCAGAGACGUUCUUGGCGUACAUCCAGCGGGAUGUUAAUUGUUUGGCCGAGGAGACAAUGAGCGUGAGGCUGCAAUCGCUUCAAAAGCUGGAGCGAAUUCUCGUCCGUCAGGGUGACACCCUGGCCACCGACGUGCUCGAUGCCGUCUUCGAUGCCAUGCUGAAACCACUCCUGAAGCGUUUCAAGGACAAGAGCGAGAAGUGCCGCGAGCUGGCCGUUAAGAUUCUCCGCAGUCUGGUGGAGAACACCUCGGACCUGGCGGCAGCACUGCCUUACAUUUUUCCAACCCUGGUGUCCCGCCUUGGCUGCGAGGACUUAGAUGGUGUUGCACACCUACCAGAGAUCAUGCGGCCGGAUCCGGAGCAGAAGCCAACGGAGAUAGCACGGCCUGUGGAGGAUAGUGAGGAGGUGCGCCUGGAGCUUGGCCACUUCGUUGCCUCGCUGUUGCAACGGUGCAGUCCCAUCCAGAUCUACUCCUACAUUGACGAGGCGACCGGCCUCAUCCGCGCCCAAGCAAUGGAUCCCUUUCACGGGGUGAAGGCUUUGGCCUGCGAGACCAUGGUCACCUUCUGCUACAACAACACGGAGAUGUUACUGCACUUUGCUCUCCCGCUUGCUCGGUCGCUCACGUCUUGCCUUACUCACAACCAUGCUAAGCUACGCAUAGCUGGCCUGCGUGCCAUCACCGCCUGCCUCUGGUGCGGCGUUUGGAAGCAUAACUUCGAGAUCUUUGAGGUCCUCAUGGCGUGGCAGGAUCCCAACAAGGUUCCGAUCAAAGCUUUCUACGAGGGUGUGACCAAUGUAAACUACAUGUCCACACUGAGCUUCGAUCGCCACCCGGCUGUUCGACGCUUCUGGUUCGAGACGCUGGCAUACUGGAUGCUGCGCUGUGUGGACAAGGUUGACUUGGAACCCUACAUCGCGCCUUAUCUCCUGACCGGCCUGUGCGACGAGAACGAGGAGAUCGCUUUAGAAGUCUUCUGGCUCAUCGAGCGAAUCGGCGAGGCCUAUGAAGAGGAGCACGAGGAGGAUUUGCGGAAGACAAAGCAAUAUGGCUUUGACUACUCCUGGACAUACAGCGGACGUGCUUUUGUGCCCUUUCCGCUCCAGGGCAUUUGGGGUGGCGGCUCGUCUGUCCCAAGACACAUCAGGCGUGCUGGAGCACAGGGCCCUGACUUCCUGGGACAACGCCCUUUGCCGGCGCACCAGCAUCGGGACGCGAACCCGGGCGCAUGCAGUAGUGAAAUCGCGGAAGACGGGGCGGUGCCGGAUGCCCGCUCCUUGGGAGCUCCCACAGAGCUCCCAAGUCGUCACCCGGUGUCUUCAAAGGGAGGGCGACACCUGCUGGCCGGACGCUUGUCUGCAUUCGACGCCAAAGGACUUUCGGCAGCUUGCAGUGUAUCGUCGCCUGCCGCGGCCGCGGCUGGGCUCGCGGUCCUGGGCGACUGCACAUCACUGAAUGCCGGCCGUCUGCUGUGCAUGUCCCUCGCGUACACAGAAGAAGGUGUCACAGAGUGGCUGCAGCCCAUGAUGGCAACCCUGGUCAAGUUUUAUUCUGGGCGGGCCUGGGCGGCCGGUGAUCCCAGGGCCAUGCAGACUUACAGCACCGUGUGCAAGUUGCUGGGUGCCUUUUUGGAGCCGGCUUCAUUGUGGACGCAGCUGAGGGGUGCCCUCGAUGCGGACUCGACCUUGGAUCUAGAUCAGCGCAUUGCCAGUGUCCGGAUCCUGGCCAUGGCGCUCGAGGGGCAUGUGGAGGUCUUGCAGAGCAUCCAGCCCCCGGACCCCUCGCUGCGGCUGGGUCAACUCGAGCCCGUCCUGCCAGAGCUGAUUGAUGCAAUCCAUUCUUCAGACUUGCUGCUUUCACCAACGCCGGAGUCACGGGAGGCGAUGUGGAUGGUCCUCUUCGCCUUCCUCGAACCUCUCCGGGUUUUCCUCACGGAGUCGCAAGUUUCUCAGCUGUUGUUCAUCUCCCUGGCACUGGCAUCAAAGGCUCCCGUGGAGGAGCUGCCGGAACCCUCCAAAACCAAGAGGGCCGCGGCACCGACUAGUCAGGUGGAGAGCGAGGAAGUCUUGGACUCCCAACAGCUGGAACGGGCCCUGGCAGCUCUGAGCACUGGCCUGGUGGAGGUGACAUCCAGCCUUGAUUCCUUGGAUGACGAUUUGGACUUGGCAACGGAUAUGCCGCCCUUGCAGCGCUUGUUUGAGAAGGCCUUGAGCCACGUCCUGGACCGAGCGGAGGAUUCUUUCCAGGUCUUCCGAAGCGUGCUGCAUCUGAGUCCAGGCGAGGUUCUGCUGAAGGUAGCGCAUCGGGAGCAGAUUCUGUCGCUCCUUGCCGGCUUCGCUGGUACUGCCUCAGCGCCGGAGACGCGUGCUGCGGCGCAGGCUCUGGGCGUGCGCCUAGCCCUCCGAAUUGCAGAAGCUGGUGGCAGCGGAUUUGCCGGGCAGGUGCUCCAGCUCUUGGGCACGGCGCUUAUACAGGCUUCACAAGGUCCCACCUACCGUGCCCUGUCAGUGCCUGUGGCCUUGGCGGGAUGUGCGGCGUGGCGACGCUUCUUCCUGCGCCAGGGGGCGCAUUUGGCUUUCGCUCCGCAGGCUGGAGACGAAGGAUCCAGCAUUCUGCAAUGGAUGCUGUCGACCUUUGCGGACCAGGAGCUUUACAAGCGCCUUCACCUGGCCAUGGAGCAUGCGGAGAAGGUGCUGACAGGGUCCAGCCAAGAAGAUUGGGUACUGGAGAAGGCCAGGCAAAUCCGGCUCGAGUCAGAGAGACAAGCAGCAGUGCUCAGGGGGGCUGCAGCUUCAACAGCGCUUGUGGCACUCCGGCAGGGGCUGCGAACACUGAAGAGGGCUCCUUGGUCUGCGGAAGGAGGCCGCUCUCUCUUCUUGGCAGUUGCCUCCACACUUGGCGUAGCACCGCACACGCUGGAACCGCCCUUCGUGCGGCCAACGCCCCCAGCGCUGCUUCUCUACACAGCGGAGCUGCUCCAUUUGCUCUUGCACCUGCCCGCAGAUGCAGAGGACAUGGAGGCCAGCGUGGAAAUG